AUGCUUUGGAGGGACCUCAAGGUCUGGCAGAUCUACGGCGCCAACACAGACGUCGGGAAGACCAUCAUCUCGUCGUUGCUAUGCAAAGCUCUCCAAAAGAGAGCACAUCAAAACGCACUUUUAUACUUGAAGCCGGUGUCGACAGGGCCACAGUCGGAUGCUGAUGAUGGGCACAUCAGGCGCUUUGUACCUGGUGUUUUGUCAAAAUGCAUAUCACAAUUCUCUGAGCCGCUGAGCCCUCAUCUUGCUGCUGAGAGAGACGGCAAUAAAACGAUACCGAGGUCCGACAACACCAUUCUUUCACAGAUCCAAAGUCUCUUGAGCAAACAUAGCCUAUCGGGUGGUAGGUAUGCAGUCCUAGAGACAGCUGGCGGUGUUCUCUCGCCCGGCCCGUCUGGUUCCGUGCAAGCGGACGUCUACAGACCACUACGACUUCCGUCGCUUUUGGUUGGUGAUAGCAAGCUAGGAGGGAUUUCAACGACUGUCUCCGCGUUCGAAUCAUUGCACGUCAGAGGCUAUGAUGUUGACUCUGUGAUUCUCUUUGACGACCCGAAAUGGGGAAAUUUUGGCUAUCUCCAGGAACAUUUCUCUAAGCACGGGAUCUCAACACAUGCGAUCCCUCCGCCGCCACCGAGGCAAAAUGAUCCCGAAGACGAUGCAUCGGCCCUAUCAGAGUACUAUGAGAAAUGCUCGACUUCGCCAACGGUCAACAACCUCGUUGAUCUUUUGCAAAAGAAGCAUUUCUCCCGUGUCUCGAAGCUAACUUCUCUGCCAUCCCAGGCAGAAGCCGUAGUAUGGCAUCCAUUCCGACAACACGGCAUACCGCAGAACAUCAUUGCAAUUGACUCAGCGUACAGUGACCAUUUCCAAGCCUACAAUGCUGAAAUCGACCCAGCUCUCGCCUCGACACCUAACUCUCAGCCAUCCGGGGGACUCACGCCGCUGGCAGCGCUUCCACCGGCUAAACCACUGCUCACGCCUCUCUUCGAUGCUUCCGCUUCAUGGUGGACGCAAGGUCUCGGUCACGGCAAUCCCGAGCUAGCUCUCACCGCAGCACACGCUGCAGGACGCUAUGGCCACGUCAUGUUCGCCAAUGCGAUCCACGAACCCGCUCUCGACAUCUCAUACAAUCUACUAAGCACACUCCAGAACCCCCGCCUCAGCCGGGUCUUCUUCACCGACAACGGUAGCACAGGCAUGGAAGUCGCUGUGAAGAUGGCUUUGCGAGCCUCAUGCGCACGGUACGGCUGGACGAAAGAAGAGGCCAAUGGCAGCGUCGGCAUCCUCGGCCUUCAGGGCAGCUACCACGGCGACACGAUCGGAGUGAUGAAUUGUUCGGAACCAAGCGUCUUCAACGACAAAGUCGACUGGUAUAAACCCUGGGGCCACUGGCUUGAACCGCCAUCGCUACUGAUGAAAGACGGAGUCUGGGAGCUAUCAAUCCCCACAGAUGUAGCGUCUGAAAACAUGUGCUCAAACCCGCAGAUCUUCACUACUUUAGAUUCAAUCUUCGACUUCGAAUCGCGCGUCGAGGAUGCAGAGCGGUAUGAUGCAUACAUCAAAAAGACAUUGACACGGCUGGUCAAGGAAGAAGGUCGUCGUUUUGGUGCUCUGAUCCUUGAACCUCUACUCAUGGGUGCUGGUGGCAUGAUCUUCGUAGAUCCACUAUUCCAACGCACCCUGAUCACGACGAUCCGUGCAAACCCCAAAUUGAUUGGCACACCGGUGAACGAAAGCAGCAACCCAGAUCUUCCCUCGUCCACCACCACAUGGUCUGGCCUGCCCAUCAUCGCCGACGAAGUCUUCACAGGCCUCUACCGCCUCGGUCGCGCCAGUUCCUCGUCAUUCCUCGCCUCGCCAACCGACACCGCACCGCAAUCACACAGCCAGCAACCCCAACCAGCGAUCCCUAUCACAGUCGCCCCUGACAUCGCCGCACACGCCAAACUCCUCACAGCAGGUCUUCUCCCCUUAGCCAUCACCACCGCCAGCCAGUCGAUCUUCCAGACCUUCCUCUCGUCCUCCAAGACCGAUGCCCUCCUCCACGGCCACAGCUACACCGCACACGCCGUAGGGUGCAGCGUGGCGAACACGGCGCUCGAGACGUUCCGGCGUCUCGACCGCCCAGACGGCGCCUGGGAGGGUUUCAAACGCGCAUGGGCCGCCGACUCUACUCCGCUCACUACCGCGACGGAUUCAUCAUCGUCCUCGCCAUCGGCGAAUAUCUACUCUUUCUUCCCACCCUCCCUGCUCCACCGCCUCUCGCACCACCCACGGCUCGCGGGCUGUUUCGCACUGGGCACCGUCCUGGUACUGAAGAUGGCUAGCCCACGCGGCUCGGCUGGCGGAUAUACGUCGACCGCGACGACGGAACUGCAGGCACGGCUGCUGAUGGAGCUGGAUGCGGAUGGCGCGGCAAUCCACUCGCGUGUGCUCGGGGAUAUCAUCUAUUUCAUGACAAGCUUGACGACGACGGCGGAAGGGGUCGACAAGCUGGGGAAGAUGAUACUGCGGGCCCUGGAUGCGGAGAAUUAG